CUCUGCGUCGAGACAUGACGCCGUCAUUAUCAAUGUUAAAGCGAAUAGGUCCCAAAAUAAUUUCGGCAUUCUGAAAAGAAAUAUUUGAUAGUUGACAAACGCAAAUUCUUAAACGUCCAUCAUUGAUAACCACGAUUUAAAAAUGACAAGUUCCAAAUUGCGAGGAUAAAAAGAGAACAAAAUUCUACAAAAUCCAUAUCCAUGAAAAUCAUAUUUAAAGUCGAUGUCUCACGUUUAUUACAACGAGUUAUGGCUUAUCACGAGAAACGAUUUGCAAAAGCUGUUAGAACUCGAACGAGGAUUGCAAAAAAAUGCAUCGUUAAAUAAAAGAAAUGCUUUAAAUUCAGCGUUGUCUAUGUAUCUGAGAUACCAAAAUAUUGUAAGAGGACUCAUCACGUGUUACGAUCAAAUGGUCCAGACGCAGAAACGGGAAUUAAUUAAAAAGAUGUUAGAUUGCGCUAUUGGACGAAUGCUAGAAUAUAAACAGGAAAUUGUCAAGCUGGAUUAUACGGAUUAUCAAUGGCCUGACGAUAUUUUAAUUCAAAUGAAAUUCACGCCGGAUGACGUCGAGUUGUUUGCAUCGGUGUCUGGCCGAGAACGUGUAGAGGAACGCAGAAAAUUUAUUCAAGAAUUAAUGGAGAGUUUUGACAAAGCACCAAAGAUGAGAGAGCGUAGUCUUUCACAGAUCCACAUCGAGAGUUUGCCCGAGGUGGAGGAUGAGACGUUAAAGACGCGCGCCGCUCGAAGAAGAGUGCGCCCCGCACAACCCACGACGAAAGUAGAAUUAGUCCGCGAAUCACCAGAGGAAAAAGCCGCCCGAGAAGCGAAACUUGCCGCUGAAAGAACUAUGCGUAACGCGAUAUUAUUGAUACAGAGCCACGAGAGAGCCAGAAAGGGACGCUGCUAUGGCACAGAUGUGAAACGUAUGUACGAUUACAACAAGAAAGUGAGGACCGGGGAGAUAAUACCGAGAAAAAUAGAUCGAAUCAAAUACGUUAAAUCAGCGACGACGAUACAACGCGCGUGGCGGCGUUAUGUCGCUAGAAAAGCUACAAAAAAACGAAUUUCGCGUCUCGAAGAAGCUUUGGGUAUGACGAUACCAAGCUGGCGCUGCAACAAGACGUUCGCCAAGGACGAUGAAAACUUUCAGCGACGACGUGCUCUAAUGCCCAUAUUCGAUGCACGCAUGAAGAAGGCAAUCAGCGACGAACGUACAAGGCUCCUGAAAAUCAGAGGUCCGGGAUUAAUGGAGGAUAUCACUGAUGAGAUUCGUGAGUGGUUCGUCAUUUGGUACGACACGGUAGGACAUUACGACGUGUUUCCGGCGGCGGAAUUUGGUGGCAGCGUGCUGAUUGCCACCGGACAGACCAAGACGCCGCAGGAAUAUUUAAUAGAAAAAUUACAAAAAGAGAAAGCCAAAGAAAAAGGCAGAACGGCUGAGAAAAUGGCGCCAGUUCCCAAAGCUGAGCUUAUCAAAGGAGAAAUUCAUGGUUGGAAAAUGCCGCAAACAGAUGCUCUGUCCUGCUUGGUGGAGACAAACGUCGAGUUCAUUCGAAACUGGAGUUUUCGUGACGAGAAAGAUCCGCAGCAGGAAUAUCUGGAUAUAAUCACCGAGAAACUUUGUUACGAGUUGCAGCUCGAAAUGAGGGGGAUAGUGGACGAAUUGAUGAGGGUCGAGCUGGAAUUAUUAAACAAGGCAUUACUGAAGGAUCAUGCAAAUGAUAAGGCGAAAUUCACGAUUCCAACAAUGGAUCAAAGAAAAACAACUGACAGAAUCAAAAUGAAAAGAAGGAAGGACAUUUUGGAGGAUGUGGCUGUCGAGGAUCUCUUCAGCGAGCUUCUACGAGCUAAAGUCAUUAGAAACUACCGAACUAUUUUUUUACGCGAUUGGUUUGGCGAUCUCUCCUAUCAAAAUUACGAAGCACGUCGCGAGCUCCGAGAUUACAAACAUCGACUUGGAGAGGUAAAGCAACUCGUCUUAGAGUAUUGCGUAUUGCCUUUAACUUCCAAGGAGACACAUCAAGUUGCACCGCUCGUGCGUUCCGUGUGCAUAUAUGGAUUACCGGGAACCGGAAAGACUGCACUUGCCAAUGCCAUAUGCUCAGAGAUCGGCGCAUUACUUUUCGACGUAUCACCAUCUGUUUUGAUAGAUAAAUAUAUGGGCAAGGAAAAGCAACAGAGACUCAUCAACAUAAUCUCUAAAGUGGCUCGGGUUUUCGCGCCUUCCAUCAUAUUUCUCGAUGCUGGCGAAAAACCUUGGCUGAAAAAAGUUCCACCUGAGGAAAGACAUCUUCAACCUAAGCGCUUCGCCAAAUAUUUUGUUAAACUAAUAAAAGACAUUAAGCCAGGCGACCAGAUACUAUUUCUCUCGCUGUCCGAAGGACCUCAUAAGGCGACAGCCGCUUUCAUCACGUUCUAUGAUAAAUUUAUAAUGGUGCCUACCACCGAUUACAAUACGCUUUAUAUGUACUAUAAGAAUCUACUGAUGAAAUAUCACGGUGUCGAUCGCGACAUUGAUGUCUCCUGUUUGGCCAAAAUAUCCAUCGGAAUUCCUUUGGAUUUUAUCCGGCAAGCCGUAGAAAAGGUGCUGUCGCUGCGCCGAAGAAUUACUCUUAAAUCCAAUCCGUUAAGUCCGAUAGAAUUUAUAAACGAGAUAUUGUUAUAUCGACAUCCUACGAGGGAGAUGGUACAGAAUAUUGAUAAAUUUGAAAAACGCAUCUCACUUGGCAGAAGAAACAAAGAAUUGUAAAAAGAAAAUUCACGAUUGGACACAAAAAGAUGAUGACGAAUUUGUCUUGGGAUUUUAAUGUAUGUAUGUAUAUAUGAGCAAAAAUUUCGCUCAAUACAAAAAAUGUAUUCAUAUUGCAAAUAUUUGUAUUCUUAUAUUACGAGAUAACAGCCCAUAGUAUAUAUAAAUAUAAAAUGUCUGUUGUU